CUGCUAUUUCCCCCUUCCUGCUUCUUAAUUUUCUACAACCGAGACUCUAGGCUUCUCCUCUUCCUCCUUCAUACUUGAUCCCUGGCUCUAUUAGAGACCCUCAGAAUAUCCUCACUUCUGAGUUAAUAGUGCACAGUCCGUCAAGACUCUCCUACCGUCGGCAUACCUAGGUGCCUUGGCGGCCGACUCGAGAGGUCUGUUGCUUGCUGCCUCAACAAAAUUAAAACCACAAAUCUCCUCAUUAGAGUGUCAAUUUGUGCAGCCCGGCUGCUUCCAGAUCUGCUGCGCGUUAAGAGCACGCGAGCAACACGCCCUUGCUAUUCUGGGUAGAAUCGUUCGCGCGGCUUCCCUCGUAUUCCACGACGAGUCAAGGUGCACCUCCCUGACCGCAACACCCAAUUCUCGCUCAACACGAGAACCACUUGCCCAAGUGCGCACUCCAGAAGCCAGCCUACAGCAGCAAUAUUAAAAAGACCCUUGGGGAACACUUGAGCAACCUACCUCUUUGCCCCAAACCCCCCCCCCCCCCGCACUCGAUAUCAAGAUGGGCAUCAUCGACGUUGAUAGAGACCUCGCUGCCAUCUUCUCCCAACAGGCCAUAGCAACUCCCGAUGCCAUAGCCCUGGAGGACAAGUCACACACCUACACAUAUGCCCAGCUCGACGAGAUCACCAGCAGGCUUGCCACUUCGCUGGUACAGCAUGGCGUCGGCCGAGACAACCCCGUUGGUGUUCUUAUGGGACGGAGUGCAGACUAUGUGAUCGCCUGCCUGGCAGCCCUCCGGGCCGGGGGCGCAUUCCUGGUACUCGAGCUCGCCUACCCCCCGGCCAUGCUUGCAAAUGUCAUUGAUGAUGCUUGUCCGACUGCCAUCAUCACCAAGAGAGAACACGUUGGCCGGAUUGCUGCCGAUGUCCCUCUGAUCGUCAUGGAUGACCCAGAGUCGAUAAACAGGAACCCGAAGCGAGGAGUGGGCACCUCGGUGGAUGAGAAGGACCUGGAGAAACUGGCCUUCAUCUCGUACUCGUCUGGAACCACUGGGAAGCCCAAGGGUAUCGCAAACCCGCACAGGGCUGCAGUCAGAUCGUACGACCUGAGGUUCAAGCUCAGCGACCUCGGGCCUGGUGACCGGGUCGCCUGCAAUGUUUUCUUCGUGUGGGAGAUCUUGCGACCCCUGCUUCGCGGCGCCACCACGUUCUGCAUUCCGGACGAGGCGAGCUAUGACCCUGUCGCCCUGGUGGACCUGCUCUCCUCAAGGAACAUCACUGAGACCCUGAUGACGCCGACUCUGCUUGCCACAAUCCUCACAAGGCACGCGAGACUCGGCGAGCGCCUCCCCGAGCUGAGGACCCUCUGGCUCAACGGCGAGGUUGUCACCACCGACCUCAUGCUCCGGGCAAUGAGGGCUCUGCCCAACACUCGUCUCCUUAACUGUUACAGCGCGAGCGAGACGCACGAGAUCGCUUGCGGUGACAUAAAAGAGAUGAUCAACCCGGAACAACCUUACUGCCCGGUUGGCCCGCCUUUGGACCCAAAGCACACGUACGUCCUUGACGACAACAAGAAGCCCGUCGGGCCUGGGGUAUCCGGCGAGCUGUUCAUCGGAGGGCAGCUCCUGGCUCGCGGGUACCUCAACCUCGAGGAGACCACGGCAAAGGCGUUCCUGCCUGAUCCAUUCGACAAGACCCCGGGUGCUCGCAUGUACAGAACCGGAGACAUGGCGAGGAUCCUCCCCUCAGGCCUGAUGGAGAUAACCGGCCGGGUUGGGGCUAUGAUCAAAGUCCGUGGUUACAGCGUCGUUCCGGGGACGGUGGAGAACGCGAUUGUCAAGCAUCUGGCUGUUCGCCACUGCGCUGUCAUCGCUCGAGGCGACGGCAUAGAGCGACAACUAGUCGCGUACGUUGUCCCGGACAAAGACGCGCCCGAGGAUGUCGAUCGUCCGGCGGUGUCGAUAGACGAAUCCGGGUUCUGCCCCAAGGGCCGGCGAGCGCUUGCAGAGCACCUGGCUCACUACAUGAUCCCGGCCCUCUGGGUUCAGAUGGACGAACUGCCCACGCACGAGGUCUCGGGUAAAGUCAACCUGAAGAACCUGCCGCCGCCUCCAGACCCUACGGCUGCUCCCAGUAGCGCUAACAAACCGAAGGUCACCAACAACACGACAAUCAAGCCUGAGAAGAUUGGUGAACUCUGGGCUGCGGCCUUGGGCAUACCCCCAUCUGCUGUCACCAAGGAGCACAGCUUUUUCGAUCUUGGCGGUCACUCUUUGACUCUAGCCGAUCUUUCCAACCGCAUGACCAAGACCUUUGGGUUUCCUGUGCCGAUUGGAUCACUGGCUGGCGAUCCCACCAUCAAGGGACACGUCGAGGCCGUGACUGCCGCUCGCGAUGGUCACACUGCUGCUGUCCAGGCGGACCUGCCCGCGGUGCUCCGCGCCGACUCCGUGCUGCCCGCUGAUAUUCAACCCAGGGACGCAAGAAUGCGCCCCCUCAGCGACGCCGAGACAGUCCUCUUGACAGGCUCGACAGGAUUCUUGGGCGCCUUCAUCCUCCAUUCCAUCCUGGAGAGGACUGCAGCAGACGUCAUCUGCGUGGUCCGCUUCAACGACAUCAUUGACGACCAGAGGUCCGCUGGCAUGGCCAGGGUGCGCAAGAACCUGGUCGAUCUGGGUCUCUGGAACGACUCCAUCAUCGAUCGCAUCGAGAUUCUUCCUGCCAACUUGGCACGGAAACGGCUGGGGCUUACUCCUGACCACUUUGAGGAGCUAGCUUCGAGGGUCGACGUUAUUGUUCACGCCGCGGCCACGGUCAACCUCGUCUACCCAUACGCAGCUCUGCGAGCGCCCAACGUUGGCGGAACUCGUGAGAUCCUGCGUUUGGGCUGCCUCGCAGGAGCACCCGUCCACCAUGUAUCGACGAACGGUGUUCUACCGCCGUCGAGCGCGGGGUGGUCCGAGGACACGAUCAUCGACGUGGAUGAUGUGCCCACGAAGCUGCAAGACGGUUACAGCCAGACCAAAUGGGUCGCCGAGCAGCUUGUCGUCGAAGCCAACCGCCGCGGCCUUCCCACAAGGAUAUACCGACCCGGGACGAUCAGCGGCCACAGCAAGUCCGGCGCUACCAACGCCUGGGACCUCUUGACAGCCAUCAUAGUGGAAUCCUUGCAGAUUGGAUACGCGCCAGAUAUCCCCAACUGGCGUCUUGAGAUGACCCCAGUCGACUUUGUGAGCAGAGCCAUCACGACGCUCGCCGACCACCGAGACAUGACCCAGCGCAUUUUCCACCUCGGUGACCCCUCCCCAAUCGGCGCCAAUGACGUAUUUAGCUAUUUGAGCCAAUUAGGAUUCAGCACGGAAAAGCUUGCGUGGGACAAGUGGGUAUCGCUGUGGUCGACAAAGCGUGGCUCUGGUCGGUGGGGUGAAGGCUCCUUCACAGUUGACAUUCUCCGCUCUGGCAUGCCCACCGUUGACUUCAUCCAAGAGGUGACAGUUUUGAACGACGCAAAGACCCAGCCAGUCCUCGAAGGCGUCUUUGGACUAGCCCGACCUAAGAUUGACGCCGAGCUGCUUCAGACAUACACCAAGCACUUCUACGCCCGAGGCUGGCUGCCACGUCCCCCUCGUAAGACUAUCAACAACAUGUCUGCUCAAGUCAAGCCCCGCGGACCCCUCGUCGGCAAGGUCGCUGUCGUCACCGGGGCAUCAUCCGGUAUCGGUGCUGCGGUAGCCAAGGCACUCGCCGCCGAAGGCGCAAACGUUGCCAUCGCCGCGAGAAGAGUCGAGGUUCUCGACUCGCUCAAAACCACCAUUGUCUCAACGUCCGGCGUCAAGGUCCUUGCCCAAGCAACCGACGUCACGGACCGGAGCCAGGUUGAGGCCCUCAUCAAGACCACGGAGGAGACCCUCGGCCCAGUGGACCUGCUCAUCGCCUGCGCGGGUGUCAUGUACUUCACCCUGAUGAAGAAUGUCCACACGGAGGAGUGGGAGCGCACCGUCGACGUCAACUGCAAGGGCCUUCUUCACAGCCUGUCCUCGACGGUGCCGUCCAUGCUCGCCCGCGGCAAGGGGCACAUUGUCGCCAUCAGCUCCGACGCCGGCAGGAAGGUCUUUCCCGGUCUCGGCGUGUACUCUGCGUCCAAGUUCUUCGUCGAGGGCACCCUCCAGGCGCUGAGGGUCGAGACAGCGGGAUCCGGCCUGCGCGUCACCAGCAUCCAGCCAGGAAACACCAACACGGACCUGCUGAACAUGUCGUCCGACACCGAGGCCGUCAAGAAGUACGGCGAGCCCUCGGGGGCCAAGAUCUUGGACCCGGAGGAUGUCGCUGGCGCGAUCGUGUAUGCGGUCACCCGGCCAGAGCACGUCUCCGUGAACGAGGUGCUUAUCGAGCCACGGGAUGAGCCUAUCUAGGCGCACUAGUAAGUCGUCACUUAGGCUUAACGGCACUGUAGCUUAAAGUUUACAUUAAAAUAUAUAAAUAUUAUAAGGAGGACCGGUCCGUUGAGGUUGAAGCUAUCACGGGCCGCGAGCUAGUCUGAUGAUGUCAAGCACUACGUGAAAAUGCUAUCACCAUGUGACUCAAGGCAUAAGUUGGCCAAAAUGGGUAAUCAUAAAAGCCGCCAUUUACCCGACUGAGGCUUUGGCCCUGCUCUAUAAACAUGCACAUUUAGCGAAACCAAGCGACACGACCUUCUUGCACUGCGUUGCAAGACUCGAAAACAAUCAUU